AUGGACCGUUGGCGCAAUAAGGUGGCCGUUGUAACCGGUGCCAGCUCGGGUAUUGGGGCAGCGAUCGCAAAGGAUCUGGCCAAAGCCGGCAUGAUCACCAUCGGGUUGGCUCGACGCGUUGAGCGGGUGGAGCAGCUGAAGCAGGACCUGCCAAAGGAGGCGGCCGCACGGUUGCACGCGAUCAAGUGUGACGUUUCGCUGGAAGCUGAUAUCGUGAAGACGUUCCAGCGCAUCCGGGAAACGCACGGUGGCGUGGACGUGCUGGUGAACAAUGCCGGUAUCGCGCGAACUAACAAUCUGCUCGACGUUGGCACCACCGCCGAUGUGCGGGCCGUGCUGGACACGAACGUGACUGGGCUGGUGCUGUGUAGCCAGUGGGCUUACAAGUCUAUGGUCGAUCGGCAGGUCGACGGCCAUAUCGUGCACAUCAGCAGCGUGGCGGGCCAUAUCGUACCAAACUUCCCCAAGAUUAACAUCUAUCCCGGUACGAAGCACGCGGUAAGGGCCAUCACGGAAACGAUGCGCCAGGAAAUGAGAGCGGCAGGAACGAAAAUUAAAGUCACGAGUGUCAGCCCCGGUGGAGUGAAGACAGAAAUUCUCGAUUCGUCCGCCAUUCCCAAAGAUAUGCCACUGCUGGAAGCGGAAGACAUCUCGGCAGCCGUGUUGUACGUGAUCGGUACACCACCGAAUGUGCAGGUGCACGAACUCAUCAUCAAACCGAUCGGGGAAGCAUUCUAG